AUGUCGCUCUGUCGAGUCUGCGCUUCGUGGAGACAUGCGGCGCUCGGAAUGCCAUCCCUGUGGUCGUGGUUGACGAUCCCGUUGACAAUCUGGAAUGUCCAUUGCUACACGCCCUGGGCAUUUGACUCCCAAGAAAUCUACAUCCGUCGAAACAUCGCCGAGCUGCUGGACUGGUGCAGGCGCAACGCUGCCCGCCACCCCGUUCACCUCCGCCUCGAACUCUAUCAGGAGCUCAACAGCGAGUGCAUUUUUGAUAUAGAGGGCAAUUUCAUUCGAGGGUUGAACACGGAGGAGAAGGGGUAUCAGCCUAUCAAAGAGUUCUUCGCGAGCAACAUGUUUGGGCUGAUCAAAGAUUUGGACCUGGCGCUCUCACCCAAAGCUGCUGGAAAGGCACUGUCCCUUUGGAGUAACACCCUCUCCCCGCCGAUAUUUGAAAAACUCGAAUGCCUUACCCUUCGUGCAUACGCCACAACAGGACCUCCGCCCCGGCGCGGCACCUACUCAAGAUUCCCUUCCUUACGCCGCGUGCACCUAUCCGGCAAGCAGGAUAUCGCUCAUCUUCCCUGGGACCAGCUCACCCACCUCUGCAUCUCAUACGAAAUUCCCCUCGCAGCGUGGUUCAAUUUCCUCACUUGGUUCCAAAACCUCGAAUCUAUGGCUAUCAACAUCACUCGCCAGCUUAUCCGCGGCCACUUUCUCGAUCCACCCCCUGGGGCUGGCCCUCGUCUACGCCACCUCACGUAUUGGGCACAGGACGUCGACCUCUGCGUUCCCUUUCCAAGUCUGACGGCUCUCCGACUCGUCAAGGACGCGAAAGACGCCAGUCCGAUACAAGGUUUUCCAGGCCUUCGACGGAACCUCUCUUGCGCAAGAUCCAUCACGGAGCUCCAUUUGAGUGCGUCUAUUUUCCGCUCGCCAUACUCGGGGAUUGGCGUGUUCCUGUUCAACGAAGACGCGAGCCCUGCCUUGAACCAGCUUGUACCCUCUAUCCGGAUCCUGGUUAUCGACUCCAUCAACUCGAUCACGGAGAACAACUGGAUGGAGAGGGACCUCAUACGUCUCUUGGACACACGGUGGAUACAAUUUUCGCGAGGGGUUCGCGGAAGGGUGGAGUUCGUCUACAAUUAUGUGGCGGAGACGUUGCCAACGGCUGGCGGUCGAGGUAAGAGCGAAAUCGGAGGUGAAUUAAGGGAGUAUGUUGAGACGUAUGGGUCGUCUCUUUCGUACGAGGUCAUCUUUCGGAUGGCACCCGAGGGCUGGCAUAAAUUCACGGCGUACGAGCUAACAAACGGUCUCAGUGGAUGGGAUGAAGCUAUGGGUUUCUACGACAAGGGAUCUAACUAA